CGUACUUCGAAAAAAUAAAUCCAAUAUCCCCACUCCACCGUGUCCACUACCCAGCCGACUCCUCCAAGCAUGUCCGUCCUCCGGUCCGUUCUCCUUCCUCUCUCUCUCCCCUUCCCGAACAGCACCUCAAUCCUCCCCUAUCCCACCCGUAGACUUCACCAUCCCCAAACACUCCCAAAAAUCCUCUGCGCCACAAAACGAACGGGAAAGCAAAGAUAUCCCUCAGAGAAGAAGAAACUCAAGUUGAAGCACAAAGAAGCUCUGACUGAUGUCAAGAACAAAUUUGAUGGCAUCUGGAGGCUGUCCAAGCUUGCUGUUUCCGUUCAAGACGACCCCGGAAAGGACUUUCUCGGCGUCUCCGACGGGUUGCUGCAAGAAAUUGCCAAAGCUAUCAAGUUCCCGGUUGCUUCAAUGUUGCCCCCAGAAGCAUUUUCGGUUAUUAGGAAAUCGUUUGAUGCGAGAAAGAUGUUAAAGGAGGCAAAAUUUGUGUAUACAGUGGAUAUGGAUGUGAGUGAACUUAUAAAUCUAGAACCUCGUACUAGGGAUUUCAUUUCGGACUUAGAGCCUAGAGUUGGGCUUAUAGAACAUAUGCCUCGAGAAAGAGUCUCGGGUGAUAUAAUUAGUGUAAUACAAGAUUGUAAGAAGGUUGAGGGAGAAAGGUUGCUGAAAGAAGGUGGUGUUAAUGGUUAUUCUUCCAAUGCGGGUGCAUAUAAGUACACGGGGAGUAGAAAACCGAAAAUUGCAGUUGUGGGUAGCGGGCCAUCUGGGUUGUUUGCUUCUUUGGUUCUUGCAGAGCUUGGUGCAGAUGUUACUUUGAUAGAAAGAGGCCAGCCAGUUGAACAAAGGGGACGUGAUAUUGGUGCUUUGAUGGUUCGGCGGAUUUUGGAAUUGGAGAGCAAUUUUUGCUUUGGGGAGGGUGGUGCAGGUACUUGGAGUGAUGGAAAGCUAGUAACUAGAAUUGGAAGGAACAGUGACAGUGUUUUGGUGGUUAUGAAAACUCUGGUUCACUUUGGAGCCCCGGAAAACAUCUUGAUUGAUGGAAAGCCUCAUUUGGGAACUGAUAGGCUGGUUCCAUUGCUCCGCAACUUUCGCCAAAAUCUACAGGACCAGGGUGUUUCAAUCAAGUUUGGGACAAGGGUAGAUGAUCUGAUAAUAGAGGAUGGUCAUGUUGUGGGUGUCAAAGUUUCCGAUUCAAAGGACAAACAGAAGCUGGAUUGCCAAAAGUUGGGAUUUGAUGCUGUCAUUCUGGCUGUGGGCCAUUCUGCUCGUGAUAUAUAUCACAUGCUUCUUUCCCAUGAUAUUGAUUUGAUGCCAAAAGAUUUUGCUGUUGGUUUGCGGAUCGAACACCCCCAAGAGCUAAUAAACAAUGUACAGUAUUCUAGUCUGGGCACUGAAGUUCAUAGAGGACGGGGGAAAAUACCAGUGGCAGAUUACAAGGUUGCUAGUUAUGUUAGUAGAGAGGAUGGGAAGACACCCUCAAGUUCAGGGCCUACAAGUCGUAGUUGCUAUUCUUUCUGCAUGUGUCCUGGUGGACAGGUUGUCCUGACUAGUACAGAUCCAUCUGAGAUAUGCAUCAAUGGGAUGUCAUUUUCUCGUCGCGCUUCUAAGUGGGCAAAUGCUGCGCUUGUUGUCACUGUUUCGACACGGGACUUUAAUUCCCUGAAUUUUCAUGGGCCUCUUGCAGGGAUUGACUUCCAGAGGGAGUUUGAGCGAAGAGCGGCUGUAAUGGGAGGAGGAGACUUUGUAGUGCCUGUGCAGACAGCAACUGAUUUUCUAGACGGCAAGCUAUCAGUAACAUCUUUGCCCCCAUCAAGCUAUCGGUUGGGGGUGAAAGCAGCAAAGCUCCAUGAGUUAUUUCCAUUGCACAUCACAGAUGCUUUGCGGCAUUCAGUCUCCGCAUUUGACAAAGAGUUACCAGGAUUUAUCUCCAAUGAGGCUCUUCUCCAUGGAGUAGAGACAAGAACCAGCUCUCCUAUUCAGAUUCCUCGUAGCAGUGACACUUAUGAAAGUGUGUCCUUGAAAGGGCUCUACCCAGUUGGUGAAGGAGCAGGUUAUGCUGGUGGGAUUGUAAGUGCCGCAGUUGAUGGCAUGCAUGCAGGAUUUGCUGUGGCAAAAAGAUUUGGUUUGUUUCUCGAUGGCAUAGAAUCAGUUUUGGGGAAGGCUCAAGGUGCUGGAUUUGCAAAGUACUAGGAGCAACUUGGGUCAUUGGUCUCAUAUUUAUAGGGCUUUUGGUAGGCUUGUGGUUCCAUGCAGCCAAGGGGAAGAAAUGGCAUGGGUUCAGCUUCUACUCCAAAUUUCAUUGCUGAAUGAAGCAUGAUAGAAAAUUGGAAGGAUUCUUGGUGAUUGGAAGAGUCGAUUUUUUCUCUAGUCCAUCUGAACAAUCAUCAACAGAUGGAUCCAGGAGCUGAGGAAUGUCUUUCAGUGUCUGCCAAUGUUAAUCUCUUUUCCUUGGUCAUGUUGACUCCUCUAAUGUUUUUGUGCUUUAUUGUUGAAGAGGAUCCUAGUGUGAUCGUGAAACAGUAAAUUGAAGUCAUCUUGUUCUGAUUGCUAGACUGACCCGAGUUCUAACUAUGGAAGGGUUAAUACUUGAUUGAAAAUUAGAAGUCAGUUGGCUUUGAAAUUAAACUUGGAUUGCAGAAGUACUCGUAGGUUUGUAGCCUAUUCAGUCAUGUGUAAAUAAAGACACCAUGAUAGCUUGAAACUUAUGCGCGCUGUGUAACAUUAGUCUUCUUCUCACAAAGAUUUGAAAGAUCUUCAGAUUAUUUAUGAUAGAGUUUCAUUUGCUA